AUGGAUAAAGGCGCCACAAUAUUGCUCUUACGCAAAUUUAAAUGGUUUGUAGGUAAAAUCUUCUUUCUUUCUAGCUGCUCGCCUCAUAAGAAGAUUUCAUAUAUACCAGGAUACAUGUAAGUUAUUGUCAAAUGCGCUUCACUGUUAGUUUUCCUUUGACAGCGUUUACAGAUUGACAGAACCAAUCGAAAUUUCCAUAUUUUUGACCAUUCAUGCACACACAUCCAUUAUUAUAUAAGGAUCUUUUCAUUGGGCGGCUUAGUUUAUGCCAAAUUCCAUCCAUCGAAAUCUCAUAUAUAUUUAUUUUGAACGUUAUAUAUGUAGCACAGGUGUAUAUUUGUUUUGUAUCUCAAUAAAUCAUUCAACUGUAACGUGGAGUAAUAUAUUAUGAAUCAAUCGAUCAAAUGAAUAUAAUAUAACGUUGAAUGAUCAAUAUAACGUUGAAUGAAUCAUAUAUUAUGAUCAUCAAUGAAUCAUUCAAUAUAAAAUUCCAACUUGAUAUAUAACAUUCAAUCUGUAUACUAUCUGGAUGAUUUUAGGUCUUAUAUAAUAUCUAUAAUAUCGUGUAAUAUUAACUAGCACAUUUUCAUAGCAAAUGAACUCGACUGUAUAAUCUUGUAGGGGAAAUGUGAGUGGUGGACCUGGAGAAAUUGACGAUCCAAAAUCAUCUUUUAAUUCAUGGAACAAACAGAGAACAUUACAGCCUAAAUAUACUGAUACUGCAAGGUCAGUGCUAUCUUCAAUUGUAUUGCGAUAAUUUGCCACGAAGUGUUCAAAUACAUUUUUCUAUCGUGUUUCUAAAGUGCAUGCAUGAGUGGAAAUAGCGCGUCCACUGCAGAGAUGCUCGAUUCUAUAAGUCGGUUCAAAACAACCAAUAUAGCAGACACAGCAUAUAAUUACUAUGUCAUUUAGAACGACGACCGUUUAUAAUUGUCAGCGUAUUAUUAUUACUACUUGUUAUUAAAUAGAUAUUUUACCGGAUAAUUAUGAGCUAUUCUGCAAUCUGAUUAGAUCUCUACUAGCGGAAUAUGAGCUAUAUGCCAUUGACCAAUCACGGAUCUUCAAUAUAGGGUUACGUGCAUGCUCGAUAUUUUACCAGCUACUGGAGGAUCUUGGUCAUAUAGCAGUUUAUCGUGACUUUUUCCUUUUUUAUCAAAUCUUUUAAGAUAUUUUAUCAAUUAAAACUGUUUCUGCCAAUUUUAAUUUUCUCCUAAAUUAAAAAAGCGUGGGAAACCUAAUUUAUUUACAUCCAAAGUUAGAUAAAAAUAAUCUUCUUUCGUUAAAACAUGAUUAGAUCAAAUUAUCUUUCACUUAUACUUAAUGCAUGGAAUUGAGUUCUUUUUUUAAUGCACACUUGUUUUUGAAACUAUGUUCUUGUCGCUAAUUAGUUAUUUAAUUAAUAUCGUAUAUUUAUGAUCGCCUUACAACACCUGUUGGAUUUAUCCAAUAUAUAUGGCAAAGCUUCAACUUUGUUUUUUCAAUCACGCGAUGUAAAUUAGCAUUAAAACCCUGCAAUAUAAAAUAAUAUAAACCAAAUAAAAACAGUCCUUUACCUUUGACACAGACUCUUGAACCCCACGUGAGUGGAUGUGACAUUAAAUGAAACCCAUGUAUUGAAGUCUCCAUAUAAUAUUUUGCGAUAUUAGACUCAGAAGAACCCUACAAUUUCUAAUAUCCUUUCUGCCUUUGUGUUAAACUCUCGUGAGAUUGCCUUUGUGUUAAAUUAAACUCUCGUGAAAUUGAUUGCAUUCCACCUAUUCAGUAUAAGUGUUUACUACUAGGCUAUAUAUCGAACAAAAUAACAAAAGAUGUUUUUAUAUAACCAAAAAUAAUACAACAGCAAUGCAGUAAUAAUACUACAGCAGUGGUAGUAUAUAUAGGUGCUCUUAUACACUAUUUAACUUGUCCCGCAAUGUUAAGAAAAACAGUUUCCACAUUGCCAUCCAUGCGAGCGAUGUUACAUGAAGCAUGCAAUAAUUAUAGUUCAUGCAACGUGCAAUUAUCAUGGUAAAUAGAAUAAAAACCGCAAAUUCUUACGUUUGACGCCAAUUGUCUACCAAGGGCUAAUAAGAAACCAUUCAGUGACUAAACAGUGCGAGACAAGAUGUGUUGCAGCGCUGCCGCAAACGUUGCAUGCAAUAAGUGGAAUCUGAUUCCACUGCGUGCGUGCAAUGGUUGUUGCAACAGAAAUGUUGCGAGACUUGAUGACAUACAGUACACAUUACAGUUCCGCUUGCAUGCAAUAUCUGUAGCAAAAUAACUGCGAGCAAGUUGCCAGUCACGUUGCACAGUGUUACAGCGCUUUAUCACACCUUAACUGCGGGUUUUCUUUAAUGUAUCAAAAUUAAAACUAUUAUAAACUGAUUUAAAAAAGAUACAACUGUGCCUCAAAAUAUCUCAGUUCCAUUCUGUAUAUUUUAAAGGCGAUUCAGCCGAAUUUUAAAGAAUAAGAACUUGCACAUCACUCUCCAUGAUAGGUCGACUUUAAAUGACGGUAUAUAUAUACACUAUGCAUCAACCGCGAGACUCGGUUCGGAUACUGUAGUCCCUAACUAAAGCUUCAUCAGAGAGGUUCAUAUUUGGCUUCCACCACCUCUCACUGGCUUAGUCCGCGUCUGAUUCGUUAAUUCGAUAUAUGAAACGUCAUAGGCGUAGGCAUAGGAAAAUAUAAAAGUUAUAAAAAAUUUAUAUCAACACAUUCCGAAUUUUAUUUCGUCGUUCGCCCCCCUCCCCCAAAUUUCUUCUCGCCCUCCUAAUUUUUUCCCUUCCCGUGCAAGCCUAUGUGAAACGAAUCAGAUUGGUCGAUAGUCUCUAAUUAGUGGUGGCGGCAUAGCGGUAGUGUGAUUAAUUGCUUUUUCUUUUGUUAUGCACUGCUUUAAUAAGUCACAGAGGUGAAAAAUUAUGCGAUUCUGACUAACCUUUUUUAUCGGACUUGUAUACUUGCUUAUUUUUUCUCCACUUGGCAUGAAAAACAUGUCAUUCAAUGCCUGAUCAAAUAAAGCCUGAUCUUUCUGAAAAUGAAAAAAGUCAGUAUGUUCAUACGCCGAGUAAUUCACAUAUAAUUGUGCGCUGAAGUUCAAUUAUCUCGUUUUUAUACACCGUGUAUAUAAAAAAAUUAUUCUAUUCACUCCCGUUGUAUAUGACUGAUAGCCAACUCGGUGCAGUGGUGCCUAAAUUACUUUGAAUUUGUACUCGACUAUAAAAGUACAAGUAAUUAACAAUAAAACGACUUGAGUAAGAGUAAAAAGUACUGGAGGAAAAACGUACUUAAGUAAAAAGUACAAAGUGUCCUUAAAAAAUACUUGAAAUAAAAAGUAAAAGUACUAUGGUCUGUAGCGUGUAGGGGGGAGGGGGACUUCUCCAAUGGAUUGACAUGCAAAAGACACAAAACAGUACAUGCAUUAUAUGCGUGCACCUAAUAUACAAUAUUUCACGACAUGGUCUACUUUCCAGACCCCGUUGAAGAUAUAAGAAACCUGUUAAAUAAAUAAUGGUUAUAGGUAAGCCACAAACGAGAGAUCCCAGAUGCAUGUAGAGGUCCUAUAUUAGCUAUCUCAAAAUUAAAAUAAAUCAGAAAUAAAUUACGUGAAUUAAAACAAAAGUUAGAAAGUAACGAAAUACUUCGCCACAAAAUGAAAAUAACGAAGUAAAACGUUACUUUUUAAAACGACUUCGUUCCAAGUAAAAGUACUCCAGAAAAAGUUUACGUAUACUUUGUUACAUACUGAGUUCUCAAAAAUAGUACUCAAGUACAGUUACGAAGUACAUUUACUUCGUUACCUGACACCACUGACUCGGUGUUGCGCACCUCAUCGUCUAUCAGCUCAUAUAUAUACGACAGAAGUUCCCAGAAUAACUGUUAAAUAUUGUCGCGGUCACUCAGAAAGUAGCGUCAUCGCAAAACGCAUCUAGCUUUCGGAGGGUUCCCAUUGUUAAAAAUCUCGCCUUGGCGGUAUACGGGACGAAAUUUGGGGCUCUUCGAUAUAAACAAGGGCGAUCAAUAUAUGAAAUAAAUAUACCUAGAAUUCUACGUUCCCGACUGUAUUUCUCAUCCCGUCGUAGCAAACGCCCAAUUUCCCCUCAUAUAAGCAGGCCUUAGUUAGAACAAGCUGCUCGCCAGGUUCAUACAUUUAUGCUCAUAUACAGUAAUUUUGUAGGAAAGGAAAUAUUCCAGGAUACACUGGUUGUGUGCUGUUUUACGACCAUCGACCGGCUUGUAUUGAUGAUCCCGGACAUCUAAGAAGUACAACAGCAAGCGCGUACAGGUAA